ACACGCAAAACGAAGAAAGAAAAAAAAAAGAAAGAAAGAAAGAAAGAAAGAGACGAGGAUUGUGCGUGAAGACGAAGAAGAAACGAUCAGUUACAGUUGUUGUGUUCGUGUACAUAACAUUAUCGUUAUCGAAUGGGAUAUGUUGAUUGACUCGCUUGUCGAUGUUUGACGAAUCCCAGAUGAAAUUCAGCGUGCGAACCAAGUGACGCGUGGUUGAUCGAAUUGCCAGAGAAAAAAAGAACAAGUGCAAGUUAAUGUACGUGCCAAAGUCUCGUGUGUUAUUUCUGCGUAAUCGGUUUGGAAAGAAGUUUUGUUUUGAUCUUAAAGUUGUACCUUUUGCAAGGGUGUUAGUGGGGAGAUAUCGAUCGUGGGACCAUUGACGUCCGUUCUGGAGAACGAGCUUUUCUCCUCGUACCUUUGACUAGGCUAACCUCUCGAUAAUUGUAUUUUCUCACUCCCAGACGCGAAUGGAAUUUUGAUACAAAUAACAGACAUACACGAGUUUUUGAAACGUUGUACGAUCGAGUGCCUAAGCGGGGAUCCUCCAAUUACAUUGUGAUAACAACAUUUGUGAAGAGUGCGCGAUCUCUCGCCAUCUUUGUUUUGAUAUCGAUUCAGUGCGCGCAAGAAGAUCGAUCGAUUGGCUAACGGGUUGUCGAGAUGUUCUACUGAUCGAGCUCAUUUCGAGUCGUGCUUUUAAUCCAUCCAGUGGUUCCAAAGAAUUGUCCCAUCUCCACAACGCCGUGCAACAAUGGGUCGAAAAAAGAUUCAAAUUUCGCGCAUCACGGACGAACGAAAUCGUCAGGUGACCUUCAACAAAAGGAAGUUUGGGGUAAUGAAGAAGGCAUACGAGUUGUCGGUACUGUGCGACUGCGAGAUCGCCCUGAUUAUCUUCAGUUCAAGUAACAAACUGUAUCAGUAUGCGAGCACCGACAUGGACAAGGUUCUUCUCAAGUACACUGAGUACAACGAACCCCACGAGUCCCUCACCAACAAGAAUAUCAUCGAGGCACUCAACAAGAAGGAACAUAAGGGCGCCAUGUCCCCGGAAAGUCCGGAGCCUGACGCGAUCGAGUACAAUCUCACUCCGCGCACCGAAGCCAAAUACACGAAGAUCGACGAGGAGUUUCAACUGAUGAUGCAGAGGCACCAACAUAACGGCACUCGGGCAAUGGGACAAUCCAAUUACACUCUACCUGUAUCCGUACCAGUGAAUAGUUACGGCGAAUCUCUACUUGGAUCUAGUCCUCAAAUGGCGCAUACCAGCAUUUCUCCAAGACCGUCAUCUUCUGAAACAGACUCAGUAUAUCCACCAGGAGGGAUGUUGGAAAUGAGUAAUGGUUAUCCACCAUCAGCAUCACCACUAGGAGGUUCACCUAGUCCAGGUCCUUCGCCGGCGCUAGGAGUCGGAGGAGGCAGCGCAAACAAAGGCAGUAAUCCGUCUAGGCAUUCACCACAACCUCCGCCUCCUCCACCGCCACCUCAUCCUCACAGGACUAAUCUUCGAGUAGUUAUUCCAACACCCCUUACGCAACCUCUCUCCGAAGACACUAGUUACGAUAGUGGCCAUGCACAAUCCGCAUUAAAUACGCCAGUAGUAGCACUACAAACACCGUCAGUUCCAGCCGGAUACUCUAGUUUUGGACCAACGGAUUAUUCCUCGGAUCUAGGGAGUCUAGCAUGGUCUCAUCAGAGGUACGUUGAUGACUUAUCAAUGUAUUCGGCAGCCACCAUGUCCAGCAUCAGUGGUCUUCCUCAUCUAGCAGUGUCGAGCAGUACACCGCCGCCAGCCACGUCGCCACUACCGGUGAAAAUAAAGAGUGAACCGAUCAGUCCACCUAGAGAUCCUCACGGUGGCAACAGUGGGUCAAACAGCAGCGGGCCGACCACCAGCAAUCUUCAUCAUACAACUUUAAACGUAGGACCAUCGUCCAGUACCGGUGCACCACCUCCACACCACGUACCUCAUCCCGGGCCACAGUCAUUGAAUCUUGUAUCGAGCAGACCGAGCAGUAAUCCACCGCCAUCUCACUCUGGAAGUAUAACACCGACAAAUCUUCCGUCACCAGGAAGCGGCACAGUGGCAGAUAUCCGAACGAGUCACUCGAACGCCGGUGGAAACGGGGGCAACAACUCAGACUAUGAGAACGGACCGCUGAUGAAGCGUUCCAGGAUCACUGAGGGGUGGGCGACUUAAUAUCAAUCGUAAUGGUUAAUCGCUCGAUCGUUUCAUACCUCUACGUAUAACGGCGUAUAGUGCUUUUGUGAAAAGUUCCGGGACUCGAAGUCGAAGACUCGUUAAUUAUUAUACACACGUUCGGCCACGGUUCUUUCUUUUUAUUUUUUUUCCUUCCUCCCCUCUCUUCUUGUGAUCGGGUGCGCGCGUGAAAACAAAGAACGAUCCUCGCGAGGAGUCCGACUUUAGCUGGACAGAGAACACAAAUUUGUUUCUAUUUAAAAAAAAAAAAAAAAAAAAAAGCCCAGAAAUACACGUACACAUACACACAUACAUAUAUACACGUAUAUAUAAAAAAAAAAUACGUUUGUUUGACAAUUAAAUAACGGUGCCAUAAUGUUGAAGCGUUACACGUAUAUAUAUAUUAUAUUAUAUAUAUAUGAUGGAUACACACACAUAUACAUAUAUAUAUAUGUGUAUAGACAUGCAUAUAUGUAUGUAUAUGUAUAUAUAUUUUCAUGUAUAUAAUGCGAAAGUUGUUUGUAUAUAUGUCAUUAAUUCAUUGUCAUUUUCCUCGUGAUAUGGCAUAUUGUGUCUUUGAUACUUGUCGCUAAUGGCGAAGAUUUAUCGCUUUCCGAGUUAAGAAAGGAAAUGGCAGUACGUUUAAGGUUGGUGUUGAGAAAUGAUGUGAAUCAGGAGCACGAUAUUUCGGGAAAUAAUAAAGUGAAUCGACAACCGAAUUUUUAAGAGCUUGCGAGAACGUUUAAUAAUUUUGCAGUUUAGAGAUUUUCAAAUAAUUGUACUUUGUUACUUGUUUUUUUUUUUUUUUUGUGCGUUAUAAUGGUAGAUAAGCAAGUCCGCGGCAUAAUCCGUUAAUUGAUGGUUUCACAUAAUGUGUAUCGAGAGCAAUGAACAUAAUUUCUCUCUUAAUUGAAUUCCUAGUCAGAAAAUAAUGAUAUUUGAUUAGUAUAUAAAUUGUAAUUUUACAUUUUUUUCUUUUUCUUUUUCUUUCUUUUUUUUGUAAUUACAAUAUCUCUUUCCUUUAUUCAAAAAAAAAAAAAAAAAAAAAAAAAAUACUAUUGUUUUAUAAAUGAUCGAGAAAUCGUACGAACAUUUUGUUAGAAAAUGUGCACUCACAUGUGUCUUAGAUUAUUUCGAAUUUUCGUUUUGACGUUAAAUCUUUUUAGGUAUGCGUUGGCUUGUUUUUAAACUGUAGUGGAAUUUCUUUUUCCUCUUUUUCUUUCAUCCUUUUUCUUAGCGAACUAAUUAACGGUCUAUGUCCGCUAAUAAAAAAAAAGAAAAAAAAGUAUCGAAUGAUUAAUCGGCUGGUGUACUCAAAAUAAUUACGAUAUUGUGUAGAGAGAGAGAAAAAAAAAGAAACGCGAUCGGAAAUUAAUAUAUUGAUUAUUAUAAGGUAAUAGACGAGAUAUUAUACAUAUUAUAUGUGAAAUAAGCAUCUAAUAUAGCGUUGAUUAUUCAGACAGAAAAGAAAGGUAUAUACACACGAACUUGCAUAUGUAUACAUAUAUACAUACGUUAUAUACAUUUUCCACAAGUAUUUUGCACAUUUGAUAUGAAGAAAAAAAUAAAAAGGUGACACGAAAGGAAGAAACUUUGCAACCCUUAACGCCUAAGUCAUACACAACGAGAGCUUGUAAAUUUCUGCAAGCGUUUACCUUCAACUAAUCUAUGAAAAUUAGGAAAUUUAUUUAAACAGCAUUUAAGCCAAAUAUUCAUUGCACACAAUUUUUCUACAUCAGUGGAAUACACGUUUAAAUUUAAUAUAAAGUAUAGAGAAAGAAUAUUUAUUAUAUAUAGUACACCAUGAUGUAAAAUGCUUUAUUAGUGGAAUCCAUAAUUAGUUGGCAUGAUAGGGUUGCAAUUAUAAAAUAACAAAAAGUCUUCUUCCUAAGUUAAACCGUUUUCGGGAUGGUCUCAGCCUAUGCUUUACUCAAUCUCAGGAUAUGUCCUGGUGUGAGCUGCUCUCAAGAGAAUCGUAUUUGGUACAUUACUGUAAUUAAUUAACAUAAUUAAUGGAACACACAAACGGUAUAUGAUUAAAUAGUGCCUGGCACCAUUUGUGGCCCUCUUUCAGGUUGACUUGUUCACGUUGUCUGCACAAAGUGACUCGUCGACAAGUCACAGAUAAAGGAAAGUGUGUAUCGUAUUCGAGAGAUACAAAAGAGUGAAUU